ACCCAGUACAGGACAAGCUUUGGCUCAUCACUCGGCGUGUGCUGCUGCUCCUGUGCACUACAGUCAUCUGCGUCUCUGGGGCUCGUGCGCGUCUGUCUAAACUCCCAACUCUUAUCCCUUUUCGUCUGGUAUUAGGAAAAAACACCAAAAGCAGCCAUGGAUGCCAUCAAGAAGAAAAUGCAGAUGUUGAAACUGGAUAAGGAGAAUGCUAUUGAUCGGGCAGAACAAGCUGAGGGAGACAAAAAGGGGGCAGAGGACAAAUGCAAACAGCUGGAAGAGGAGUUGCUGGGCCUCCAGAAAAAGCUGAAGGGAGUGGAGGAUGAGUUGGAUAAAUACUCAGAGUCGUUGAAGGAUGCCCAAGAGAAGCUGGAGCAGGCAGAAAAGAAGGCCACAGACGCAGAGGCCGAGGUGGCAUCCCUGAACAGACGUAUCCAGCUGGUUGAGGAGGAGUUGGACAGGGCCCAGGAGAGACUGGCCACAGCACUGCAGAAGCUGGAGGAGGCCGAGAAGGCGGCAGAUGAAAGCGAGAGAGGAAUGAAGGUCAUAGAGAACCGGGCAUCAAAGGAUGAGGAAAAGAUGGAGAUCCAGGAAAUGCAACUGAAGGAGGCCAAACACAUCGCUGAGGAGGCUGACCGCAAAUAUGAGGAGGUGGCACGUAAGCUGGUGAUCCUUGAGGGUGAUCUGGAGCGAUCUGAGGAGCGUGCUGAGGUGGCAGAGGCUCGAGUCAGAGAGCUGGAGGAGGAGCUUAGGCUAAUGGACCAGAAUAUGAAGUCCAUGAUGUCCGGAGAGGAAGAGUACUCACAAAAGGAGGACAAAUAUGAAGAGGAAAUCAAAGUCCUUACCGACAAACUGAAAGAGGCUGAGACUCGUGCUGAGUUUGCUGAAAGGUCUGUGGCCAAGCUUGAGAAGACCAUUGAUGAUUUGGAAGACGAGGUGUAUGCUCAAAAGCUGAAGGGCAAGGCCCUCAGUGAGGAGCUUGACCUGGCUCUCAACGACAUGACAACACUGUAGAUGCUCCCUUUCCUCCUGUUUAUCAUCCCCCUCUCUGAUGCUGUCCACCUCCCUCUCUGAUGCUGUCCACCUCCCUCUCUGAUGCUGUCCAUCUCCCUCUCUGAUGCUGUCCACCUCCCUCUCUGAUGCUGUCCACCUCCCUCUCUGAUGCUGUCCACCUCCCUCUCUGAUGCUGUCCACCUCCCUCUCUGAUGCUGUCCACCUCCCUCUCUGAUGCUGUCCAUCUCCCUCUCUGAUGCUGUCCACCUCCCUCUCUGAUGCUGUCCACCUCCCUCUCUGAUGCUGUCCACCUCCCUCUCUGAUGCUGUCCAUCUCCCUCUCUGAUGCUGUCCACCUCCCUCUCUGAUGCUGUCCACCUCCCUCUCUGAUGCUGUCCACCUCCCUCUCUGAUGCUGUCCACCUCCCUCUCUGAUGCUGUCCACCUCCAACGGGCACUGUGUGGUUCACGCAUUCUCUCUGUCCUGUCUUUUUUUCAUUCCCAAGCUAUUCAGACAGGACUGUGAUCGAUCAAUCCAUUGCAAAACACUCUUGGUUGAGAAAGGUACAAUUCUAAAUAGAAACAUCGGAUUCAUAAAAGCUAAUGCUACGUUUACAAGAUUGAGACCCUAACUUGAGACCCUUAGGGAUGAAGCUGUGAGCACUCCACAACGUUUUACCCAGAGAGACACGUCCCCUUUCCUUUUAGUUCCUCUCCCGUCCGUUGUGUCUAAGGUACUGGCACUGUUCAGCGAUCCUCAUACAGUUUCAAAACAGCCCCUAGGAUACGAGCCACCCACUUUGUGGUUUGUCUUUCACAAUGUUGAUACCUAUAGGAGAUCUGGGUUAGACUUUGUUUGUCUCUUCUGUAUUUAUGUAUUAAUGUCAACUCUCGUAUCUUUUCCUUUCUCUCACUGUAAUAAAUGUCCAAAAGCCUUCUCUUUA